AUGGAGAAUGUAGAAGAGGAUUAUUAGUAUGAAUAGGAAGAAGGUGGUCAAAGUAGUUAAAAAAUAUAAAAUGGUUAUUAUGACCAAAAUUAGCAAAUAGAUGAAUAAUCUCAUGAAGAUGAUGCAGAGUGGCACGAUUAGGAAAAUCAAAAUGGCAGCAAUUCAGAUCUUCCUUAUGAAUAAAAAAUAUUAAACAAGAGACUGAAUGAUGCUGUAUAAAGCAUUAGAUAAGAUGAAAACCUCGUUUAAGCACUUAAUGAAAUUUCUUAGUUGGUUUUAAAGGCGAAAGAAUUUUUAGAUGAUGACAAAUAUAAUUAUAUGUUUGAGACGGUUAUAAAGGUGUUAAAUAAAGAUUCAGUCGAAGCUUUAAACGAAAACAAUUGGGAAAAGUGUUCAUAGAUAUUAAAUGUUUGCGAUGAUUUAACUUAGCCACACAAAUAUGGAUUUUUUGUAGAAAUGAGAGCACUUUCACUUAAUAAUUAGGGUUGCAUGUAUAAGAGAAUGUAAGAUUAUGAAAAAGCAUUAGCUUGCUUCUAGAAAGCAUUAUAUUUGUAGAUAUAACAAGAAUCAAGGCUCUAUUUAGGUUAUACUCAUCUCAAUUUAUCAGCAAUACUAAACUAGAUUGGAGACCACAAAUAAGCACUAAGCCAUGCUAAAAAGUCUGUAAUUUAAUUACAUAAAGACUUUUAGGAAUAUCAAAAGGAGAAUAAAGAUAUUUAGUUAUUAAAGUAAAUGGAAGGUUAUAUCGAUGUUUGCAACAAUUUAGCUCUUGCAUUCUACAAUGUAGCAGUUGAAGAAGAAUUUUUCAAUAACAUUGAUAUGGCUACAUUAAAUUAUGAAAAUGCACUUACCUUUUCAGAAGAAAAUUUGGGCUUAACUCAUCAUAUGACAAACAAAUUCAGAGAAACCUUGAACGAAUUUUUAUUGAAACUCUAAUAAAAAGAAGAGGAAGAGUUAAAUAGAAUGGGCAAUGACAAGCCUUAAAUGAGACCUAAAGGGCAGGUGAAAAAAAUAGUUAUUUCUUCAAAUAAAAUGAAUAGACCUAGCAGUGCUCCGAAAAAGGGAUAGCAAGCACUUGAUUAAAUUGCUUAGAUCGAAAAAAAAAUUUCAACUAUAAAAGAUGCAUAUAAUUUAAAGGGUUCUGAUUUUGAAUUCAAAGGAAAUUAAGUCAGAAUACGCUCUGCAAACAGAAGACCAAACUAGAUUAACAAUUAAAACAUAAAAAUAGUAUAAAAAAAGGGGAACUCACCCAAUGCUGAUAGAUUAAAUUAACAGCAGAUUUAGUAAAAUCUCUAAAACCCAAUAUAAUCUCUUUAUUCUUAGCAAUCAAACCCUUAAUAAUUUUACUAAAAAUAUUUAACUGAUGCAAAUGGAACUAGAGGAGCAAUCACUGCUUCUAUUCGUUUUCAUCGUACCCCAGAACAAUCUUCUAAUAAAGUAUUUAGGAUUGCCUAAAGAGGAGUUCCUGUUACUGGUAAUCAUAACUCUAGUAGAGUCUACUUAGACUAUUCUUAAAACUCUCAGAAUAUAUCAUAAUCUCAUUAAAACCACCCAUUAGUAAAUAAUUAAAGACCUUCAAAUUCAAAACUGCGUCCCACCUCUGCAAAUCCUAGAGGAUUUAAAAAAGAUUUGUAAAAUGAUUAUUAAUAGCAUAAUAUCAGCUACACAUAGGGAGUUAAUUUUGACAAUAGCUAUGUAAAUACUAGCUUUUAGCAUAAUUAAUCUCUAACAACUGGAGAUUAUUAGUAAUAGAGUUAAAAGUUCCCUUAUUAGUAUCCUAUGUUAAAGAGAAACAAUAAUCAUGAAAAUAACUACGAUCAGACUGCUAUGAAUGGUCCAAGAUAGAAUUAAAAUUUUGCACACAACUCUUACAAUCAAGGUUAAUCUUCUUCUUUUCAUAAUAAUUCAAAUGGCAGAAUAAACGUAAAUAGUGCUUAAAAUAAUUCUCAAUAUAGCUAAUUAAAUGGUACUGGCAUCAGUAUUAACUAAAGUACUGGGUAUUCUACUAGGGGAUUUAAUUAAUCACAACAAUAAAAAAACACAAACAAAGCAUACGUAAAGCAGUAAUCUCCAAAUAAAAAUAAAAGAGAAGUAACUUUCACUGAAGAAGAUGAGCCUGAAUAAGCUUAAUUCAACAACUAAAAAUAUUAGCAGGCUGCUUAUAAUAAUUAUUUUAACCAAAGCAGUUAAUAAGACAAUUAUCAAGAGUCAAAUUAAAACUAUAGUAAUCAUAUUUAAAAUGAUUUAAAUAAAAAUAAUAAUUAUCAAAUGCAAGUAGAAAAUCAGUAUGCUUAAAGAAAUUAAUAGCCAUCAUAGCAAUAUCAAUAGCAGCAAUAGUAAUAUUCAAAUUAAAUGAAGUAGGCUAAUAAAAAGCAUUAUGAUGAUUUCUAUCCCGAAGAUGCUAACAAUGGAGGGGCAGAAGAAGUGUACGAAGCUAUUUAAGAAGAAGAUGAAAACGAUAUAAAUAACCAUCGUUCGGUUUCAGUUGCAGCUGUUUAGCAAAUGCAAAAUAAUGUUGUAGAAAACUAUGAUUUAGAUUGGGAAGAAGAUGUUGAGGAGAACUAUGAAGAAGGAAAUGCUUAAACAGAUAAACAAGUCAAAAUAAAUUAAUCUGAUUUUUUGAAUAAUUUAAAAUAAAUUAGCUAGAAAAAUCUGGAAGAUAAAAUUUAGAUAGAUUAAGAUAUUGAGCAGAAAAGAAGGGAGCAGGAAGAACUGUAGAAAAAAAUAGAUUAGCUUAAAGAAUUAGAGAAAAAAGAGCAAUAGAGAUUGGAAGAAUAAGAGAAGAUCAAGAAGUUGUAGUUGAAUGAAAUCUAAACAAAAGAGUAGUUACUUAAUUAAAGAAUUCAAGAAUUAAUAAGAGCUGAAAAUGAAGAAAAACAGAAAUAUGCAAAGUUAAAAGAAUAAGAGGAAAAAGCAAGAUUGGAUAGACUUAAGGAGUUAGAACAAAUUGCCAAGUAGGCUGAAGAGCAGAAGCAAAAGCUUGAGCUUAUCAAGUAAAAGGAAAUAGAAACUAAUAGUAAUUUAUAAAGAUCUAUGAGGAUAGGAAGUGAAGAGUAAUUAGGAUCUUAAAUCUCUGAGAGACCUUCUUCUUCAAAAAGAAUACUAAUUAAAAAAUCUUCUGGGUUGCAACUUUAAAACAACAGCUAAAUUAAUUAGGACUCUGAACUUUCAGAGGAAUCUCUUAAUUAAUAGCUGAAGUCCAACUAAAAUUAUAUUAUAAUUAAGGAAUUCAGUGAAAGAGACAUAAAUAUAUUUGAAGCUGAGAAACCUAGUUCAUCAUAUUCCUCAAGAAUGACUUCUACUUCAUCUUCAACAAGAAGAGGUUUAAUUGCAGUUGUUUAUGAAAUUAACUUGUAUAUGCUGAUUAUAAUUUAUGUUGAUAAUUAAGUAAGACUUCAAUAAUAGUCAAACCAAUCUUUCUAAAUUUAAGUUUUAUCUACAUCAUCGCUUCGUCGUAAGCAUGAUCAGUGGUAACACACUAUUGACUGGUCAGACUUCAGUUCAUAUCUAGAGCAAAAAUAGCCUGAGGAGCUAUAAGCUAUGUUCUUGAAUAUCUUUGAUUCUUAAAUUGAAUAACAUCUCAGAGUUAAUUUAAAAGAAAAAUUUAUAACGUUAUCUAACAUGAAGAAGAUAGAACUAUUUGAGAAUAACAACAAAAUUACUUUCAAGUUUCAGCUCAAAAAAAGUGCUAAAUCGUCUUACAUUGAGCUAGAUAACACAGCUUAAUCUUUGAUUGAAUUGAAAAAUGAAAUUUUACUUAAGUAAAUUAAGUAAGAGGAUAUUAUUUAGUAAUAUGAGUCGAUUAAUCUUUAUUGCAGUAGUGGAAAUGAAAAAGCAGGAGUAUUCGGAGUAUUCUAUGAUAGAGUAAAGCAACAAAUUGUAUUUGAAUUUGUUACUUUAUUAUCUGAAGAAUUAUUUUGCAGAUAUUCCUAUCAUCAUUAUGUUGAUGUAUCUUGUUUGAAAGACCACUAUAAAGGAGGAGAUUACUUAAGUCACUCCGAAUUCACUAAAGUAAUAAAGAUGAUAUAUGAGGAGUACCAAAAAGUUAGUCUUUAGGUAAGAGCAAUAGACGAAAAGGAAGAAAAUCAAUUAUUUUACCCUUUGAAAAUUCCUUUCUCUUAAAAAUGGAGCUACCUUGAAAUACUUUAGGACACACCAAAGCAUACUAUUGAGGCACAUUUUCUACUUACGUAGAAUUCUUCAAUUUUUAAAACUUCUUUGGUUAUAGAAGAAACAUUAAAUGAGAAGCAAAAAACAGAAUUAACAGAAGAAGAUAUUUAAAAUUUAAUAUAAAAUGCUGAAGAACAACUCCUCUAAAAGAUUAAGCAGGAGGAUAUAUUGAUAAAAUAUCACUAAUAAUAAAUUAUCUCCAUAAAGGGUAAAAAUAAAGCAAACAAAACAAAAAAUGGCAUACUAGGUGUAUUCUAUCUUAGAGAGAGUGCUAUGAUUAUAGUUGAAUAUAUUGCAGUAAGAAACUUUGAUAUUGAAGACACACACACAUAUUAGCAUAUAUUAGACUUGAGAUUAGUAAGUUAGCAUUACAAUAAUGGUGAAUAUUUAAAUAAUGAAGAAAUGACUAAAGUAAUUAAUGAAAUAUUAGAUUAAUACCUUUCAGUUGAAUCUUAGAUUACAAUUGAGCCUCAUUAUUUGAAAAUUCCAUUCAAUCAGGAUUGGCAAUUCGAAGAAAUUACCUAAAACGAAGAGACAAAAGUUUUUACAUUUUUCAAUUUCUCUAUUCGCGCUUAGGGUAAAACAAUAGUUGAGAAAAAACAAACAAUUCAGAAUCUCCUCCCACAAUCUAAAAAAAAUAAAAAAGUUUAAUAAAUGCAAUACUCAGAGUAAGAGGCAGAAGCAGCAUAAAAAAUCCAACAAUAUUACAAAAUAUAAGAGAAUUAUAAGUUGACAAAAAGAGAAAUUCAAAAUAAAAAAAGAUUAAUUCUCUCAAAAAGAAUUAACAAAGAAAGUUAACCUUAUUUCAUAUAAUUCUAUGAAGAUUUGUCUUAAAAGAAGUAUUUCUGUGUAGUACAAAGUUUGAAUUCUAGAAAGUCAUUUAAUUACAUCCAUUUCAUUUAAGAAAUAAAAGAAAAAUUAGAAGCAAUAUUGUAAAACCCUAAUUUGAUCUUUGAAUACUACAUACUUGAUACAUAAUAAAAGAAAUUAGUUUUUAAAGAUAAAAAAGAUGACGCAGCUAAAAAAAUUACUAAAUUUUUCUACUUAGUUAAGAGAUAAAAAUCGCUACAAAACAAGGUAAAAAGAGCAGAUAUUCCUUUUAAGGUUUUAGCCCUCAGAAAAAUUAAUUUUGAAGAUAAGUAUUAUCUUUUUACAAUUGUUGAAAAGAAGAAGAAGAAUAGUAAACAUUAAUUCACUGCAAAAGUAGAAACUCUUAACUAAAAAGGAGUUAAUAGAUGGAAAAGUGAAAUACCUAUUUCCUCUUACUUCGCUAAGACUAUUACAUCUCACAGCCAUUUGAUUUAAUCUUAGCAUAAGAUAUCAAAAAAAUAAAAGAAAAUAAAUCCAUUUAAUUAUUUCGAUAUUGAUUUUGAAAGGAGACAAAUUAGUGUAAAGCAUUAGGUUGAAAAGCAAAUAUCUUCUUAGUAUAUAUCAAGGAAUAUAAAGGGAAGAUAUUAGGUUUAAGCUAAGUUUAUAGUAAAAAAGCCACUGAAUACUAACUAAGACUUUUUGUUUAGCAUAUGUAAACAUACCAAUAAAAAGUCAAAAGGAUUUUCUGGUUUAAUUGAAACUAUUAAAGCUUCUAAAUAGCUCAAGAUAAAUUUAAAGUUAAGUUCAAUUGAAGCAAAAUAUUUAAUAUAACAAAUAAAGAAAAAUACUCUUAAUUUUGAAUAAGAGUUUAAUUUAGAUAUUGAAAAGAAUGUUUUUGAGUUGAAAAAAGAAAGGAAACAAAUAAUUGCUUAAAGCUACAUUUAAGGUUUUAUCAAGUCUAGACUUAGAUUCAGAAAACUUUUUAAAGAAUUGUUUAUCUAUUAAGUAAAAAAAUGUAUUUCAACAGAAAUUCAUGGUAAGAGAGUAAAAUACAUGUUCAUAAUUACGAAAAAGCUAAAUCAAAAAAUAACUACGGCUUAAGUUUUAGUCACUGUGGGAAAAAACAUCAACAAGAAAAUAACAAUUCCAAAUGUUUUUGGCAAAUACUUCAAUUUAGAAAAUAGAAUUAUGAAAGAUAAGUGGGAUCCAACAAGAUAUUUCGAAAUAGAUCCUAUUUAUGGUUUCUUUGAGUGGAAAAAGGGCAAAAAAGAAGAGGUUGCAAUCAAAUUAAUUAUUUCUUGUUUGAGGAGAAGAAAUUUCCAAAAAUAAAUCAAAAAAUGCUAAAAUCUUAAAUUCAUCCACAAGAUAACACCAAAUAUUUUGCUCACCAUAAGAUCAAUUGAUAGCAUUGCAACUCCCUAUAUAAUUAGAGCUGAUUUAAUAAAUAAGAGUUCUUCUUCUAAAGUAAAACCAGGUGUUUUGAGAAUUACAUUACCAGAAUAUGAAUCUUUGAUAAAACAUGGCAAUAAUCUUUAAAACUAAAUAAAAGUUGAUGAAAAGACUCUCUAAAUAAGCAUUUAAGAAGAGAAUAUGAAUAUUGAAUAGGAUAUUUCGACUAACAAUAAUAUAACUGAAAGUAAAAUAAAACCUCUUUUGCAAAAUAAUUCAAAAACCAACUUUGAUGAAUAAAUAGAUAUGUCACCAAUCAAAAAAAGAUAAAACUCAGGGUUGAUCACUUAAAACGAAAUACAAGAAGAUUUUGCUAGCAUAUCAAGAGCAUUCUAAAGUAAUUAGAGAAACAAAGAUGAUGGAGAUUUAGAUUUAUCUCCUUCUAUUGAUAGAUAAUCAGACCAUGGAAAGGAUUUCGAAAAAUAAAAGAUUCACCUUGAAAGUGCUUUUGAUAGAAGCACUCCUGCCUCUAAUAAAAAUAUUUAGCAAUAAAAUCAUCAAAAGUCAAAAGAAGAUUUCAAUUAAGUUUAAGAAAAUAAUAAUGAGAGUUCAAAAAAGAAUGACCAUCAUACAAAGGAAUCUUAGUAGAAAAUGUAGUUUAAAGAUAAUUAAAAUGAUUUUGAUUUUGAUGAUCUUGAAUAUGAUUAAAGCUAUGAAAAUACUUAAAAGGAAUCACCUAUGAAAACUUAAAGAUCAGAUUAAAAAUAAUAGUUAAGCAAUUAAAAAGAAGAAAAUUACAACUUAGAAGAGUUAAGAGGAUCAUUUAAUUAAGAGGAAAAUAAAUAUGAAGAUAACGAAUUUUAUGAAUCAGCUGCUGAAAACUAUGAAAAAAGCUAAAAUAAAAACUAGGCCACCCAUUUUUCGGACAGUAAAGAUUAAAAAACAGAAUUAAACAACCAUUAAAAGAGCAAAGAUAAUUUAAAGAAAACUGAUUCCUAUGAUAAGAUUCAUAAAAGCUAAGACCAUAACAACAACAAAGAAAGAGGGUUUGAAUUAGACAUUUCCCCUACUCCUAAAAAGCUGAAUUAAAGUUAAUAAUCUUUAAAAAACGUUAAACAAGAAGAGGAAAAUCUCCAAAGGUUCAGUCUUACAGAAGAAGAUCUCUUUGAUUAGUCAUAAGCAAAUUAAUAUAAGUCUAUUCAUCAUGAACAAAAAGUGAAUUAAUAAGAAAAGCUCUAAAAUUUAGUUUUAGAUACAAUCGAAAUCUAUAACAUUUCAAAAAAGAAUUAAAAAACAUCUUACUCAACUUUAAUUCUUGAAUCUAAAUUCAAUAUCGAAAGUUCUUAAAUAUAAUUUUCUUGUCCAAAUAACCACCAUAUUAAACAAGUAGAAUAUAAGAUAGACUUAAACAAAUUUAGUUUUGGCAGUUUAAAAGAUGGAUAAUUAAAUACGAUAAAUUAAGAGGAAGCAAUCAAUCAAAUAUAGGAAUACAUGUAUCUUAAUUUGAUGGUUUAUGUAGUUGAAAAUAAAGAAAUAAUAGUUCUUUCAGAAGAAUAGUUAAAUUUAAUUAAGAAAAUUCAAAAGAAAUUCAUGUUAAAGCACUAUCGUCUGAAGUACUAGAUGAAAAUUACUGAUGAGUUCCUUGCUACAUCUUAUUCUUGCUAAUUGCAAUUAGGAGCUAUUAAAAAAGAUUUAUUCGUUCUUGUGAUAACCUAAUAGCUUUCUCAUAGAGAAGAAAAUAAUGAGUAAGUAAAAAAAUUCGUAAAGUUAUCUGAUGUUUCAGUGAGAAAGAUCUCAAGAAAUAAACAAAAAUAUUUAUUUGAUAACGUGCAUUUUGAUUAAAUAAAUAGAUUCUUCUAUUUUGAUUUAUCUUAAUUUUAAAAAAUCUUAGAGUAAGAUAAAAUAAAAGAAUAAUAAAAUAAUUAGAAAAUAGAAUUAAAUUAAUAAGAAUAAAGUCAUCAAAACUAACAUGCUAUUCCUCAUAGCCAUACCAACCAUGACAAUCAUAAGUCCAAUAAUCAUUAAAAUUCUCAACAUGAACAUGAUAAAAGUGAACUUCACUAAGAUAAAAAUAAAUCUGAGAACUAAUAGCAGCAUAAUAGCAGAAAUAGCCUUGAUUAACCAAUAAAACAUAGAAAUUCUAAUUCUAGUCUUCAUAAUAAAUAAUAAGAUCAUUAAAUUUAAUCAAAAAAGAGUAUUAAUUCUAAUUAAAACUCUCUUUAAUAUUUUGACGAUGAAGCUGAAUAAAAUAAAAAAGAUACUAUCCAUCAUAAUCAUAAUGGGUAAUUUGAAUAAUCAAUUCCCCCAACUCACAAUCACAACCAUCAAAAUAGUAUAGAUUAAAAUUUUGAAAAUUAAGCAAAUAAUUAUUCACAUCACUCUGAUUAUUAUGAAGAUAAAUAAGAUAUAGAAUAAUCUUAAUAAGUUUUAUUAGUAAAAGAUUUAAUAGUAAAACAGAUUGGAUACAAUCAAAAAUAAUAUAAAAUCUCAGCUUACUGGCAAUAAGAUUAAAAUAUGGUGAUAUUUAAAGAAGAUUAAAAGAAUUCCUUGAUAAAGCCAUAUAACUACAAUGUAAAUGAAGAACUCGAUUUGUAUUCCUUAGAAUAAUUUGCGAACAAUUUCAUUACUGACUGUGUUAUUGAUAAAAAUAGAAUAAUUUAUAUGGGUAAGCUAAGUGAUGCAGCACUAAAAUUAUAGUCUAUAAUUUAAAAAGAAAUGAUUGCUAAAGAAAUUGAUAUAAACAUUGCAAAUGCAAAGAAAUUAGGUAAUGCCCAGUUUGGAAGAAAAGGAAGAAAUUGGUUCGUUAAAUUAUUUACUUAUAGUGAAUUUAAAAUACUUGAUAGUCUAGAAGCUGAAAAAAACGAAAAUGUUUAAUUAAAGCAAGAAAAAGUAUUAACUGAUUAUUUAGAAAUUAAAAAAAUGAGUAAAUAAAAUAGGUAAAAAAUAAUAAAGUAUUUUGGGUUAUUGAUAAAUUCUAACAUCGAAGUAAUUGCUGAUUAAUUUAAAUUUAUAGAUAAAGAAGAAUUCCUAAAAAGUAUUUCACUACAAAUCUUCUAAUCACCAAAAAAGGAAUAAGUUUUGGCUUGA